AUGCCCUUCGGACUCUGCUCCGCUGGAGCCACCUUUCAACGUCUGAUGGACCAAGUACUCAAUGGACUACCCUUUGUUCGGGUCUAUCUAGACGACAUCCUCGUGUUCUCGCCCGAUGCUGAGACUCACGAAGACCAUUUGAGACAAGUCUUCGCACGCCUGCGUGCGUGGGGCUUGACGUUGUCCGCCGAGAAGUGCGAGUUCGGUUGCCCUUCUGUGCCCUAUUUAGGACACAUUUUUGACGGGAACGGUAUGAGACCAGAUCCGACUAAGGUAGAGGCGAUCUUGAGAUGGCCUCGCCCUGGUAAUGUUGCAGAAAUAAGGUCCUUUUUGGGUCUCGCCGGCUACUACCGUAACUUCGUCCCUAACUUCUCGGACGUGGCACGACCAAUUCAACGGCUGGUGUCGGAGGUUGGAAGUGAAACCUUGGCUUUGGAUGCCUACUGGGGACAAGAGCAAGAGGAGUCCCUUCGGGCCCUCAAGCUUCGUCUCGCAGCCCUGCCCUUCCUCGCUUACCCCGAUUUUGGUAUUCCCUUCGAGCUCUAUACGGAUGCAAGUGACUAUGCCAUUGGAGCUGUCCUGAUGCAAGAAGGAAGGCCCUUGGGAUUUUUCAGUAGGACGUUGACGGGCUCCCAGCUCAAUUGGCAUACAUACGAGAAAGAAGCAUACGGUAUCCUACAAGCCCUGAUUUACUUCCAACACUACCAUAUCGGCUACCCCUUGACGGUUACGGUGUACACUGACCACGAGCCCUUGACUUGGCUAGCUAAGGCCGGCUCAAAGAAGCUGGAGCGAUGGCUUUUGGCCAUGCAGGCGUAUUCCUUCAUAGUGAAAUAUGUACCAGGUAAGAAAAAUGUGUGUGCUGAUGCUCUGUCCAGGAUACGCCAGCUCGACGACGAUACCCUACCGAUGGAGCCGAUGGAGUCAGAAGCUCUCGUGACGAAGCCAGCCAAGGACGUUGACACUACCCGUACCCUUGUAUCGGUUGUAGCCGCUCGUCGACAAUUAGCUGCUUGUAUAACGGCAUUGUCGGCACGGUGGUCGAUCGACGAUAUAAGGCGAGAGCAGGAUAGUGACGACAUCACAAGGAAGGUAAAGGAACGUCUGUCGGAUCCGUCGCCCUUACAUAGGACCGGGUUGACCGACCUCGCCUUCCGCCCUUAUAAGCAGCUGUGGAAUCAACUGGAUGUGCUAGAUGGCCUACUUAUACGCCGUCGCAAGUUCGAUAACGAACGAGAACCCCGGUUCCUACCAGUGAUACCACCUGCCCUGAGAUCUGAUGUUGUGGAUGCCUACCACAAGGAAGACGGUCACUUCGCCGUACGCAAGACUCUCGACAAGCUCAAGUUGCAUGCCUAUUGGCCCGGGAUGGGCACCGAUCUCCUCAACCACGAGAAGACAUGCCCUAGAUGUACUCAGGUCAAGGCAACGGUACCUCGAGCCCCCUUAGGAGUGAUGCCUAUCGGCAAGCCCUGGGACUUAAUUGCUAUCGACCACUUGAAGGUGCCCCCCCAAUGA